AUGAGGGCAGCUCUCUGGACCCUGGGACUCGGGCCCCUUCUUCUCAAUCUCUGGGCAGUCCCCACUGGUGGACCAGGUGCUCUGAGGCUGGCGUACAGACACAGCACGUGCGACGGAGUGGUGCUGGUCCGACACCGCGGGGCGUGGGGAUACCUGUGCAAUCAGGAGUGGACACUGGCAGAGGCCUCUGUGGUGUGCAGGCAGCUAGGCUGUGGCCCCGCCGUGGGCGCCCCCAAGUACUUCCCGCUGCCUGGAGAGAUGGCCCAGCCCUGGCUCCACAACGUGUCCUGCCGGGGCAACGAGUCCUCCCUCUGGGAGUGCAGCCUUGGCUCAUGGAGCCAGAGCCCGUGCCCCCACGCAUGGGUGGUGGUCGCGCUGUGCUCCAACGGCACCUUCCGGGAGCUCCGGCUGGUGAAGGGCCGCAGCCCCUGUGCGGGACUCCCCGAGAUCAGAAACGCGAAUGGGGUGGACCGCCUCUGUGGCCUGCAUGUGGAGGAGGCCAUGGUGUUCUGCCGGGAGCUGGGCCGCGGCCCUGUGCUCCAGGCCCCGCGCCGGGACGUGGGUGUCGUCAGGAAGUACCUGGCCUGCAGGGGUACCGAGCCCACCAUCCGCAGCUGCAGACUGGACAACAACUUCCGCAGCGGCUGCGACCUGCGGCUGGAUGCAGAAGUGGUCUGCUCAGGACACACCGAGGCCCGGCUGGUGGGCGGCGAGCACCCCUGCGCCGGGCGCCUGGAGGUAAAGCGGGGCCUGACCUGGGGCACCGUCUGCGAUGCGGACCUGGACCUGGACCUGGCCACUGCCCACGUGGUGUGCCGGGAGCUGCAGUGCGGGGCGGCGGUGUCCAGGCCCGAGGGCGCCCGCUUCGGCCGGGGCUCGGGGCCGGUGUGGACGGAGGCCUUCCGCUGUGCGGGAAACGAGUCGCUGCUGUUCCACUGCCCGCGGGGGCGCGGGAGCCAGUGUGGGCCCGGCCGCGACGCGGGGCUCAGGUGCUCAGAGUUCAGGCUGGUCAAUGGCAGCAGCAGCAGCUGUGAGGGCCGCGUGGAGCUCCAGGUGCAGGGGUCCUGGGCGCUGCUCUGUGCCACCCACUGGGACAUAGCAGAUGCCACCGUCCUCUGCCACCAGCUCAACUGUGGCAAUGUGGUGGCUGCACCUCGAGGAGGCCAUUUUGGGGACGGGGGCGCUGCCAUCUGGCCUGACGCGUUUCACUGUGAGGGGACAGAGCCCUACUUGUGGAAUUGCCCAGUAAGCACCCUGGGGGCCCCGGCCUGUGCCCCGGGAAACUCAGCCUCCGUGGUCUGCUCAGGUCUGCCCCACGCCUUGCGACUGAGGGAAGGACAGAGCCGCUGUGACGGCCGCGUGGAGGUCUCCCUGGACGGCGUGUGGGGCCGCGUCCUGGACGAUGCCUGGGACCUGCGCGGCGCGGGCGUGGUGUGCCGGCAGCUCGGGUGCGGAGCGGCCCAGCAAGCCUAUGACGCACCUGCCCCCCAGCGCGGGUCGGUCCAGGUGGCGCUGAGCCGCGUGCGCUGUGUGGGCACCGAAACCCGCCUGACUCAGUGCAACGUGUCCGCGACCCUGCAGGAGCCCGCGGGGACCUCGCGGGACGCCGGCGUGGUGUGCUCCGGUGAGGGCGGAACCGCGUCCCGCGUGGCCCGUCGCCGUGGGGUCCCGGGCGCCCUGACUCUGUCUCUCCACAGGGAGCCUCAGGGUGCGGCUGGCUGCGGGGCCGGGGCGCUGUGCGGGGCGCGUGGAGGUCUGCGCGGGGGCGCGUGGGGCACCGUGUGUGACGAUGCCUGGGACCUGCGGGACGCGCACGUGGUCUGCAGGCAGCUGGGCUGUGGCCGCGCCCUGAGCGCCCUGGGGGCCGCACACUUCGGAGCCGGGGCAGGGCGCAUCUGGCUGGACGAGCUGGGCUGCCAGGGCCACGAGUCUGCGCUGUGGCAGUGCCCAUCGGCGGGCUGGGACCAGCACGACUGCAGGCACAAGGAGGAUGCCGGCGUCUUCUGCUCAGAGUUCACGGAUCUGAGGCUGCAGGACCACAGGCAGCCAUGCACAGGGCGGCUGGAAGUUUUCUACAAUGGGACCUGGGGUGGUGUCUGCCGGACCCUGAGUGCGGCCUCCCUGGGGGUCCUGUGUGGGCAGCUGGGCUGUGGGUCCCACGGGCAGCUGCAGGCCGGGGCAGGAAGCUGGUCUGCCCCUGAGUUUCUCUGGGUGGGCUCCAUCCAGUGCAGGGACAGGCAUGACUGGUCCCUGUGGCAGUGCCCGUCAGCCCCCUGGGACCAGCAUUCAUGCUCCAGCGGAGAGGAAGCGUGGGUCCUGUGCACAGAAAAGGCAGGAGAAGUUCCUGAGGACCCUGGGGAGCCCCUCAACUGCUCCUCCUCGCUCGGCUGCCCAGAGGAGGGCGCACUGCGCGUGCGCGGGGGCGAGGACCGCUGCUCCGGGCGCGUGGAGCUCUGGCACGCGGGCUCCUGGGGCACCGUGUGCGACGAUGGCUGGGACCUGGCGGACGCGGAGGUCGUGUGCCGCCAGCUGGGCUGUGGUCGGGCCGCCGCCGCCCUGGGGGCCGCCGCCUUUGGCCCUAGCUCCGGGCCCGUGUGGCUGGACGAGGUGGGGUGCCGGGGCAGCGAGGCGUCCCUGUGGGGCUGCCCUGCGGAGCGGUGGGGACGCGGAGACUGCGCGCACAAGGAGGACGCGGGCGUGCGCUGCUGGGAGCCUGGCCCAGGCCCCCCGCUGCCUGCAGCUCCCUUUCGGACAUUCUGGGCGGUCAGUGUUGUCCUGGGAGCCCUUCUUGGUCUUCUCCUUCUGGGCCUCAUGGCCUUUCUGAUUCUGCCUCGAGUCACACAAGCCAUGCAGAGGGGUGUGGGAAGAUCCGAGGCAUCUCCUGGAGAAGCCAUCUAUGAUGUCAUUGGGGAAAUGCCGCUAGCAGGACUGUACGAGGACAUCAUGGAGGCCGAGGCCGUGCCCCAAGAUGAGGAGGACAUAGGUGUGGUGAAGGUGGACACAGAAGCCACAGUUUCAGGGGAGGCGUCUAACCUCCUGGAGGGACAGUCUAUAUGUGCGGAGGGAGGACACAGCAGACCUGUUUCUCAGGAAUAUGAUGAGGCUGCGUUUCCUCCGGAGGAGAUGACGUUGUAAAGCACCCUGAGGAUGAGAUACACCAGCUGGCUGUCGAAAUCACAGCUCUUCAUUUUCUUGUACAAUUGUAGUGGAUUUCGUGAGAACAGCUUGGAUGCCUUUCUCUUGCAAUGUCCUCCACGUCCAUAUAAAAUCCAGUCCUUCCAGGCCCUGCCUGGCUCUAACCCUCAUCCCCUUCGAGGGCCAUCUGCUGUGGACAGUUGUGCUGUGUAACCUUCACAUUUCCCACACAUUACAGCAAAUGCAAAUACAUACAGAAAUCAGCGGUUCCAUUUGUGGUUUAGAGACACAUGGUGCCAUCUUCAUCUUCCGCUCUACAGCUCGCUUCUGGCACCCAGCAGUGUGUUGCUCCCCAUACCAGAACCUUCCUCUUUUUUCUUAAAAACUCUUCUUAAUUGAAUCCAAAGUAUCUUUUAGAUGUUCUACUUGUGUAAUCAUGUCAUCUGUGAAUAUUCAGAUUUAUCUUCUCCUUCCAAUCCGUGUACAUUUAAUCUCUUUUUCUGUGCUUUGUUUCGGGGGCUGGGAUCCUUCAGUCCAGUGUUGAAGAGAGGCGGCCAGUGGAGGUCUUGUCUCAUUCAUGGACUCAGAGCAAAUGUGUUCCACAUUUAAUUUCACUAUGAAAUAUAAUAUUGGAUGUUUGGUUUUGUAGAUGCUAGUUAUCAGAUCAAGGAAAGCCUAGUCUAUCCCUAAUUUGUUAAGGGUUUUGCUUUUUAUCAUAAGUAAGUGUUGACUUUUAUCAAAUUCUUUUUUGUAUCUAUUAAGAUGAUAGAUGAUUGAUUUUCAUAUGUUAAAUUAACCAUGGGUUAAACAAACUUAUCUUUAUCAUGAUAUAUUAUUCUUUUUGUAUUUCACAGGAAUUAGUUUGGUAAUAUGUUGGGUCAAUGUUUAAAAAAGAAAAUGAUGUGUAAUUUCUUUCUUUUGUUGUAGUAUUUCAGUUUAAUUUUUGGUAUGAGGUUUAUUCAGGUCCCAUAAGGGUUAGGAGUAUAUUCUCUUUUAAAAAAUAUUUGCUAAUUCACACUCCCACCAACAGUAUAAAAGUGUUCCUAUUUCUCCACAUCCUCUCCAGCAACUGUUGUUUCCUGACUUUUUAAUAAUCGCCAUUCUAACUGGCAUGAGAUGGUAUCUCAUUGUGGUUUUGAUUUGCAUUUCUCUAAUGACCAGUGAUGAUGAACUUUUUUUCAUAUGUUUGUUGGCUGCAUAAAUGUCUUCUUUUGAGAAGUGUCUGUUCAUAUCCUUCACCCACUUUUUGAUGCGGUUGUUUGCUUUUAUCUUGUAAAUUUGUUUAAGUUCCUUGUAGAUUCUGGACAUUAGCCAUUUGUCAGAUGGAUAGAUUGCAAAAAUUUUCUCCCAUUCUGUAGGUUACCUGUUCACUCUGAUGACCCAUCAGUGAUAGACUGGAUAAAGAAAAUGUGGCACAUAUACACCAUGGAAUAUUAUGCAGCCAGAAAAAAGGAUGAGUUCAUGUCCUUUGCAGGGACAUGGAUGAAGCUGGAAAACAUCAUUCUCAGCAAACUAACACUGGAACAGAAAACCAAACACUGCAUGUUCUCACUCAUAAGUGGGAGUUGAACAAUGAGAACACAUGGACCCAGGGAGGGGAACAUCACACACUGGGGCCUGUCAGGGGGUGGGGGGCUAGGGAAGGGAUAGCAUGAGGAGAAAUACCUAAUUUAGAUGACGGGUUGAUGGGUGCAGCAAACCACCACGACAUGUGUAUACCUAUGUAACAAACCUGCACAUUCUGCACAGGUACCCCAGAACUUAAAGAAUAAUUUAAAAAAAUUUGCAAGA